GCGGGGAGGCGGGUCGGGCGGGCGCGGGGAGGCGGGGCGGCGGUCCCGCCCCAGGAAAGCCCCGCGCAGCGCCGUCGCCGGGUCACGGCGGGGUCCCUACUUCCCGCUCGGGCGCCGGCUGGGAAUGGACCGGAGCGCGCAGCAGGUGCCUUAGGACCUCCCGAUGGGGUGGCUUGGCUCUGGGCUCACGUCCCCUGUGAGCUGCCUGAUCCUGGUGUGGGCGGCAGGCUCUGGGAGUGUUCAGGUCCGGGAUCAGCCCACCUGCUUCUCCGACUACCUCAGCACCUCCACCUGUGAGUGGAGGAUGGGCGGCCCCACCAACUGCAGCGCCGAGCUCCGCCUCACCUACCAGCUGGAUUUUCCGAACUCUGAAAACCACACGUGUGUCCCUGUGAAUGGAGAGGGUGCCGUGUGCCUGUGCGACAUGCUGAUGGGCAACGUGAGCACUGGGGACAUCUACCAGCUGGACCUGUGGGCUGGGAAGCAGUGGCUGUGGAGUGACUCCUUCAAGCCCAGCGAGCAUGUGAAACCCAGGGCCCCCGGAAACCUCACGGUUAACGCCACCGACUCCCACACGUGGCAGCUGACCUGGAGCGACCCGUACCCUCCCAAUGGUAGUCUGCACGCCAAGCUCUCCUACCUGGUCAACAUUUCAAAUGAAGACGACCCCACGGAGUUCCUCGUCAGCAAUGUGACCUACACGGAGCGCACCCUCCGCGUCCCAGCCAGCACCCUGAGGCCCGGGGCCCUCUACAGCGCGCGGGUGCGGGCCCGGGCCCGGGACUACAACAGCCUGUGGAGCGAGUGGAGCCCCCGCGUCCAGUGGCUUCACGACUAUGAGUUGCCCUGGGAGCAGCACCUCCCACUUGCCGUCGGCAUCUCCUGCAUCGUCAUCAUGGUCGUCUGCCUGUCCUGCUACUUCAGCAUCCUCAAGAUUAAGAAAGAAUGGUGGGACCACAUCCCCAGCCCGGCCCACAGCUCCCUCAUGGCUGUCAUCCAGGAGCCUCAGGUGCCACCGCGGGGGAAGAGGCCCGGGGGCCAGGAACCAGCCAAGUGCCCAUACUGGAAGCCGUGUCUGACGAAGCUCCUGCCCUGCUUACUGGAGCCUGGCGUGGAAAGGGGUGAUGGUUCCUCCCAGGUGGCCAGGAGCGGGCCUGUCCAGGGCCCUGGGAAACCAGCCUGGCGCCCCGUGGAGGUCAGCAGCACGGUCCUCUGGCCGGAGAGCAUCAGCGUGGUGAAGUGCGUGGAGCUGCUCGAGGCCCCGGUGCAGAGUGAGGAGGAGGAGCCGGUGGAGGAAGAUGGAGGGAGCUUCUGCCCCUCGCCUGAGAGCAGCGGCGGCAGCUUCCAGGAGGGCAGGGCGGGCAUCGCGGCCCGGCUGACCGAGAGCCUGCUCCUGGACCUCCUCGGGGGCGCGGAGGGGGGCUUUUGCCCGGCAGGCUCGGGAGAGCCCUGCCUUCUUCCUCCUUCAGCAGGUGUGGGUGCUCAGGUGCCUUGGGCUGAGUUACCAGGUGAGGCGCCUCAGGAGGCCUCACUUUGGGGCAGGGGGCAGCCUUCUGACCCAGAGCCGCCCCCAGCCACUCGGACGCAGAGCCCAGCCUGCCUGGCUGUCGCAGAGCUGCCCGCAGCCACCAUCACCGACAGCCCUGCGUACCGCAGCUUCAGCAGCUUGCUGUGCCCGCCCUCGGGUCCUGGAGAGCUGGACUCAGACUCACAGCUGGCCGAACGCUGGGAGGACGGGGACCCCAACGUCCUCUCUGCUCCCCGGGGCUCUGAGCCACCCGCUGCGCUCCAGCCUGAGCCAGAAACCUGGGAGCAGGGCCUCCGGUGGAGCGUCCUCCAGCACAGGGCGGCCGCCCCCGCCUCGGCCCCCGGGGGCUACCGGCAGUUCUCGCAGGCGGUGAGGCAGGGCUGCGCCCAGGGCGGCGAGGCGGGCGGCCCUUCCGGAGAAGCCGGGUACAAGGCCCUCUCCAGCCUGCUGGCCAGCAGUGCCGUGUGCCCAGCACCACCUGGGGUGGAGGCCAGCAGCGGGGAGGGGGCCUACAGGCCCUUCCAGGGCCUCACUCCUGGCAGCCCUGGGGUGCCUGCCCCUGUCCCCCUGUUCACCUUUGGGCUGGACAUGGGGCUACCUCCCAGCCCUCAGAACUCGCUUCUCCCCAGCGGCUCCCUGGAGUGCCCGGGUCUGGAGCCAGUGGCACAGGGAAAGGACAGCCAGAAGCACCUGCUCGCCCUGGAGCAGGCCACGGCCCCCCUCGGGGACGACCUGGGCAGCGGCAUCGUCUACUCGGCCCUCACCUGCCACCUGUGCGGCCACCUGAAGCAGUGUCACGGCCAGGAGGAGCGAGGCGAGGCCCACGGUGUGGCCCCCCGCUGCUGUGGCUGCCGCUGUGGAGGCAGCUUCGAGCCCCUGGGGAACCCCCUGCCAGGCGGGGUUCUGCUGGAGGCCAGCCUCCCUCCGGCCUCCCUGGCACCCUUGGGUGUCUCGGAGGAGGGCAAGGCCCCCCUGUUCUUCCAGCCGGGCCCCAGCCAUGCUCAGAGCUCAAGCCAGGCCCCCCAAAUGGUGGCCAUGCUCUCCACGGGGCCCACAGGCAUGAGUGCGUCCUAGGUGUGCGCCCGUUGCUGUGUGUGCCUCGGCCCUGCCUGUGAAACCCCCCCACCCUCCAGAGGGCAGCCAGGCUGGCGUGGCCGAGGCUCGGAGAAGCCCGUGAGAAGUGAGGCUGUCGGGCCCCGGGCCACAGAGGCUGGACCCUGUCCUCAACACUGACAGAGCUCGGCGUGGGCCGUGGCCGGAGGCACGGGAGCGGGGCCCACAGAGCCACCUGCAGGGCCCCAGAGCCUCCGGGCACCUGGGCUUGUGAGCGAGCUGUUGGCCUCUUGAUCGGUCCACGCUUCCCCGCGCACUGCCCCUGUCAUGCCGCCCAAGGCCUGCUUGUCCACCUGGUCACCUGGCUGCCCACGUCUUGCCCGGCCCCGGGACCAGCUGCUGCCAUGUCACUGGACUGGACGCCGAGCCUAGAAACUAACGAAGCAGCGGGGACGCUUGGGGAGCUUUGGGGGACGGAGGGGAAAGCCCGGUCCCGGAGGCGUGGUCAUCAGCCCAGAGGUGCCGUCCAUUCAACAGCCCCAUUAGGCGGACAGGAGCAGGACCUGCGCUGUGGAGGGCGCUUAGUCAAGUGGGGGUGCCAGCAGCACACGAAAAACGGUGAUUCCCACACAGUGACAGUUUGCUGGGGCCCUGGUAGGCGUGGGUCCCCAGAAUAAACUGGCUCCAGACCCGGCUGGGGCCGGUCUGUGCCUCGCAGACACCGUGGCUGGCAGCCACAGAGACCAGAGGGAGAGCUUCGCCCUGAGAUCUGGCUGAGCUGGGCGUUCCUGACGCAGGCACCAGGCACCUGUCGCCUGCACGCUGGCCCGGACCGCACGCUGAGUAAUGUGUGUGUGUGCGUCCCAAAGAUUGUUUAAACCUAGUAUUUGUAUUUGCUGAGGAGGCUGGAACAGGAGGGGUGGAGUUUUAUAUAAGUAAAGGUUCUUUAUCUCUUUUUUUUUUUUUUACUUAUGAAACAAGCCUACUGCCAUUGUGAGUACUUUGUUAACUCAUUGACUCCGCACAGGGACUCAAGUGCAAUGCGUUGAUUUAGAGGGGAUCCCAGGAAGCCCUGCUUGGGGAGCGGGCAGUGAGGCAGGGCGGGCAGGAGGCAGCAGAGGGUGUUCUCAAACAGCACCGGCGCCGGCACCUGCUGCCUGCCCCUGCCAGCAGCUUUGGGAAGCCGUGCACCGUGUAUGCCUGGAGGGGUCCCUGCAAAGUGGGGGUGGGGGGCUGGGCUGUUCGUCCACCCACUCCCCUCUGCCACUGGCAGGGGCACUGGCAGCAGCUGGCACCUUUGCCAAGGCACACAGCGAGUUGGUAGCAGGCCCAUAGCUGACCCCAGGCAUGUCUCACCCAGGCUCUCUGGGUGAUUGUUCUGGACAUCCAGCAGGUGGUGUGAUGGACGGGGCCUCAGGCGGGCAGGCAGGGGGUCGUAAGCUCCUAGGUCUGUGUUAUUCUGUGUCUUUUUCAAAAUGAGAGGCUUGGCUGUUUAAGGUUCCUUCCCGCUCUGGCAUUCUGCACAGUGCACUAGAGGUGACGGGGAGCUCACUACCUUACAUGCAGCCUGAUGUUUGUUAAAAGCGUCUCCUUGGUUCUUUG